UUCCCGCUGGAGCUAAUGUCGUGGGCCUUGCUUUUCUUUUCUGGCGUUUUUCUUCUGCCAGCGUUGUUCUUUUUUUCUCAGCAACCUGUGCGCCAGUUUUCACAGCGUGAUUCUAUAUGAGUGAGUUCAAAGAGGUGUAAGGUGGUUAUCAUCAACUGUAUUUUUUAAAGUAAAUCCCCCCUUCCCCCUUGUUGGUAUGCUCGAUCACGUUGAGGGAAUUUAUCAAUUAGAUCAAAGAAAUUAUAUCUAACUAAAAUUUUAAUCUUUAAUAUUCACCAUUAAAUCUAGAGUUAUAAUCUAUUUAUAAUACUACAGUGGAGUCCUGAUAUGUAUGUAUGGGACUGGACCCAUUUUGGAUUAACGAAUAUUUCAGAUUAUGAGAAAUUAUUACUAAAAUAUGCAUAUUUAUGAAAUACAAUGUGUGUAAUUACAUAAAAUGCUACAGGAUAUAGUGAAAGCUGAGUUUAUUAUACAUUUCCUCUAUCUGAAACAAAUUCUGUGUAAGAAGUGCAUGACAAGAGAGUGAAAUGUUUCUUAGACAGUAGUAAAAGUUUUCUAUAUUACUGGAUCAGAUUUGAAAAUACCAGUAUCGUACUGUUGCACCACCCUAUCAUUAACAUAUCCUUCCUGGAACUAUUUUCCUUGAAUGUGAAGUCAUUUAUAAUUUAUUACAACAGUAUUCUAGUUGACCAACUUAAGGCAUCACUAACUACACAUUUGUACUGAACAUCAAGAAUGUCAUAAUUUUACUACAAGAGCUCCUUGGGUUUGGCCAAAGUCCUGUCCAAAAACAACCAAUCAAAGGCAAUUUUUUUUUAAAGAAGUGUUGUGAAAGUCUGUGACUUUAUUAAAUGGGUUUCGAACUAAACAUCUUGUUGAGUUUAUUCUGCAUUGUGCAAAUGGUCCUGUCUCUAACUGAUCCAGAGGACCUUCAGCGGCUGUUUUCACAGGCUGUGGUCAAUCUGGACUCAACUCUCAGCAAACUUGCCAUCUCCAUAUAUCCAUCAAAUGAAACCUUCAACCUGAGCACUUUCAGUAGCAGUUGUUUUAAAACAGCUGCAGAUUUCAAUAGCUGCAUUGGAAAUCGAACACAGUGUUUGUCCCUGAGGGAUGUCAGUACCUUGUACAAGCUGGAUGCUGACCAAGCACUGACCCAAGACAAUGUUUCUGUCAUCUCAUCAGCCCUCUUGUACUCACUGGUGUCCUGCAGACAUCAUCAUACUCAGGAAUUAAAGAACAUCUCCAGCCCUUCAUCGCCUGAUUUGGUUAAACAUGUUAUGCCUAGCACUGAAGCUUCUUGGGGUUACAGUAUGCUCUUUGUGACUAUAAUCAACUUGUGCUCGUUGACUGGGGCCCUCAUUGUGCCCUGCAUGAAGCUGGCCAAGUACAAGCUGCUGUUGAUGUUCAUGGUAGCCUUGGCUGUAGGAACACUUGCAGGGAGCGGCCUUUUGUUUCUCAUCCCUGAGGCUUUUCAUCUAGUUCAUGAUGAUAAUAUUGGCUACAUAUGGAAAGCCAGCACUGUGAUGGGUGGGAUAUACCUCUUUUAUGUUACGGAGAAAAUCAUGAGGAUGAUCAACACACGAAGAGAGAAUACAAACUUCAAGAAGAAACGGGAUGAGUUGGCCACGCAUGAUACCAUCACAACCUCUUUCAGGCGCAUCCCCAUCGACAAUAACAUCCCAGAAAAAGAUUUCUCUCACAUUCCAGAAAAUAUUGGAGGAAUGUGCAACUCCCAGCCUGAUUCCAAUUCCAGUUCUUACUCCAUAUGUAGUGAUGCAGCUAGUCCAGACAGCCAUGAGAAUGAUGUUCACAUUUUAAAUGGAGACAAUCACAAAGGCUCUUCAGAUGAUGGUUGUGGGGACGCUCCAUACACAAUCAGUGUCGCCUGUGAGAAACACCCAAGCAAUGGACACUCCCCUCAGCACCAUGCCCAUCACCAUCGUCACCGUGGAGAGGGAGAGAUUGCCCCUGUGGCGUACAUGAUAAUCUUUGGAGAUGCGUUACAUAAUUUCAUAGAUGGUUUAUCUAUAGGAUCGGCUUUCACUCAGAGCAUCAUGACUGGCGUUGGAGUCAGUGUAGCAGUGCUGUGUGAAGAGCUGCCACAUGAACUAGGUGACUUUGCAGUGCUGCUCAACUCUGGCAUGCGUUUUAAAAAGGCCAUUUUCUACAAUUUCCUUUCUGCCUGCACAUGUUACAUUGGUGUCAUCAUUGGCAUUUUGUUAGGGGAAAACACACAGUCUCAUGAGUGGAUAUUUGCUGUUGCUGGUGGAAUGUUUUUGUACAUCUCUUUAGUUGAUAUGAUGCCAGAGAUGAACACAGCUGCUGAGACCCCAGAAGGGAAACAGUUUGGGGAAGUGAGGACAUUUUUGCUCCAAAAUGUUGGGGUUCUAACAGGCUAUGGAAUCAUGCUCAUCAUGGCUUUAUAUGGUGGGAACAUCAACUUUGAAAACUAAAGGCAAUUAAACAUUUCACACAUUCUUGGUUAGUCAUUCAAAGCUGUUGAUAUCCUUGUGAAUUCUGGUUUAUAUGUAUAUAUAGUUUUAUAGCUGAUUACUAAUGGGGAAUCUGUACUUCUACAUUUUGAUAAUGUAUUUUUGACCAAUUCUGUGUGUGUGUUGUUUUUAGAGCUGAGAAUAUUUGUUUGAAUAUCUGAGAUUGUUGGUUAGUUGUUUUGUUUGUUUUAAAACUUGAUCAGGUUUUGUAAAACCAUGUUGGCAUUUACCCGAACGUGUUGAUAUUUCAUUCAUAUCAAACACAAUUUUAAAUAUUUCAGCUCACUCAGUCAUUUUUUUAAAUCUGGUAUUCUUAAUCAUACUUUAUUAUAUUUCAUAAACAUUUGUUUUGAAGACAAAGGGAGACAAACAAAUCUCUCGGUGUGAGUAGAAUCUCUUGUAAGAAAACAAACAGAAUGUCUUUAAAAGAUCUCUCAAAUCACCUACAGUGUUCCUUUAUGUUUAUAAAAUCACCAGCAGUUUGAUAUAUUGUAUUUUGUGAUACUUUUGUUCCUUAUAAACUGUAAAGUAGUUUUGUUUUAAUCUUCAAAAAGAAAUGGUCAAAAGAAUUAUAUUUGUCAAGUCAUUGCUUUAGGUACAACUAAUGUUUCAUUGACUUAUGCUAUUUACACAAUAUAUUUUAAUUUAGUUAUUAUGAUUGUCUAUUAUCACAAUUGAUGUUUAUGUGAGACAAAUAAUAUACAUUUCCUCAGCCAGCAGCUCUCUGAUAUAAUGGCCAGUAAGUUGUUCACACAAUUCCUGAUCACACUGGUGAUUUAAUUUUUUUAAGGCUUAACUUUGAGUUCUAUCUUGUGACAUCUACACCAGUAGUCUCCAUCUGAUGGUUGUCUGGUCAUGUGAUUUGGACUGUUGUCACAAUGCUCCUAAGUUUGAACCCUGCCCAUGUCCAUUCAGGUCCUGCAGAAGGUUUGCAAUAUUGCAUUUCUGAAGAAACAUCUGAAGUAUAUAAAGAAAAUGUUUUCUUUUGGUUAACUGCAAUUUAAACAAAACAAGACUACAGAAUCUUUUCAUGGCCCUUGCAUUAAAACGAAAUGAUUCACUAGACCAUUGUUUUCCAUACUGUGUUACGUGGGAUAAUAAACGCCUGAAUAUGUGUUCCACAAACUACUGAAAUAAUUAGUAGGCCUCUCUCUUAAAAAUAAGCAAAGUAUUCACUAAAAACACAGAAUGUGCAUAGUGUUCCGAUAAAGAAAAAGUUUAGGAAACACUGCACUAGACCAAUUUUUUGGUUUUCAUUUCUACCUCUUCUUUAUGUAUCUUCAAUAUAUAUAUAUAUAUAUAGCUAGAUGGUCUGGUUCCUAUACAAGAACUUCUACUUGUGAUUAGGCUUAACAUCUUUAUUGGAGUUGUUUUGAUGCAUCGAAUACACUUAUUUGAGUAGUGUCUGAUAAGCUAUAGCCUUCUGUCAUUAUUUGUAAUUAAUUUGGUGCCCUGUAGUAUUAACCAAAUGACAAGUCAUACAUUGUUUAGCAUUUUUUUUAAUGCAUAAAUUUUAAAAGGUCUUUUUUUUUUACAAGUUUAAACCUUUAAAACUUCAUUUUUACUUUGGAGGUUUUUGUCAAGACAAAAUAUUUCAAUGACUUGACUUGCCUUACUUUUAUAGAUUUAAUUUUAAUUUAUUUUUAUAAAAAAUAGUCAUUCAAUAUUCAUUUAAAUAUUAUUUUUUAUCCUGGGAAAAAAGCUUUAGCCACGAGAGUAUUUGGUUUUUAUUAUAACUCUUAUAAUUCAACAUUGGUUUUAUAUGGUGAUAUUUGUUUAGGAGAUUAUAUGGUCAUAUUUUUAUUAUAUCUUAAAGUGUGUAUGUAUUUCACCUAUUUUAUUUUUUUAAAUAUAUUUUUCUAUUUAUAUAAUGGAAUUGAGAUUUCAAGCGGGACAGCUGGUAACAUGUUUGUGUUGUCUGUUUGUUCAUAUCUCAAAAAGAACUAUUGAAAAUCUCCUUACACUAUUCUUCUCAACUUUGGUCAUCUGAAAGCAUGGUGUAUGACUUUGUUUCUGAAGCAUGUACCAGUAAACUAUAAUUUAAUAAAUUGACUUGUGAGGUGGUAAGCAAAAUUGUUAAACACAAACAUUAUUUAUGCUUUUCCAAAAGUGUACAGAAGUUGUCAACUAUUAUUUGUGUAACUUAUAGCAGCCUUUUGUAGCCUUGUUUUUAUACAAAGAUAUUGAAGUAUACUUUCCUAAUGAUCUUUUUACUCCUUUCAAAAUGAAAAAAAAAUGGUUUCUCUCUUUUUUCAAAGAAAAGAAAAUCUGGUCACUUCUUACUUUCACUUGCCAGGAAAAUUUAUGUGGAUUGUCUGAAUGUAUGUAUAUUUUACAACUGCUUGCUAAAUCAAUAACGAAUCUCCUGUUGCCAUGAUGACAUAAAAUUCAGCUCUGCUCAUUUUGAAUAAUAAGAUUUUUAAAAUGUGGGAGAAAAAAGGUUCUCAAAAUUUGAAAAACAAGUUGGUUAGAAAUGAGUUCAAAUCUAAAUUUAAAUUGCAGCUCACUAGAUCUACCCAAAUAUUUUGUUUUAUAGUUUUGCUGUUUUUUGUAUGUAAAACAAUUUUCUUUAAGUUAACUAGGAAGCAGGCAGUAUUGAGUCUACUGUGAAGUCUGUCUAGUUUCAACGCAAAGUGAUGAAAACAACUUUACAUUGUUUUUCUCUCCUGAGAAAAUGGGCAAAGGAGCAUGUAGUAGACAGUAUUGAUUCCUAUCCCAGAUUGGAUGUUUUUGACCUUCUGAGGUUAUUCCUAUUAGAAAUGCUUCCUUGUACCAUUAGAGGAAGAGUACAUGUUUUUGUUAUUUUUCAAUAUAUCCCUUGAUGCUUAGAGAACUGCUCUACUUAGUAUGGACCUAAAAGUAUUUUGAAAAUAAUAUUUAAGCGUUAAUUGAAUAAAGAUUAUCAAAUGUAAGCACAUUCCUAAAUAUUUUUUUGGAAGUCAACUCUUAUUAUAUCUAACUUUGGAACCCCUAGCAUCAGAUUGGUUUAAAUUAUUCACUAUAAUUGUAUAAAGGCUGGUUGUUUCAUUGGCUUGUCAUGAUAACUCUUCAAACAUACAGAAAUGAUUUUGUCUAAUUCUAGUUAAAAUCUCAGCACCAAUAAUUUCAUGUCAAAAUGAAUUUGUCGAGUAUUUAGUUAUUUUUAAUGUAAGUAAAACAUCUUUUUUUUUAAAUAACAGCAAACAUUUGUGUGUUUUCACUUGAUGGUAAUUAACAUUUAAACACUUCAUUGAUGCAAAACAUGGCUUUUUUUUAUCAUCAAAUAAAUAUAAACAUGUUGACAUAACUGUCCCUUGCUGAUGUGUUUCAACUGAUACUCCUAUACAAGAAGACUAUGAUUGUACAUUGUGGUCAGUUGUGAGUUGUUUUCCAUUUGUAUCAACCUUUUAAACUUAAGGAGUGAAAACAAGUGAUGUAGGAUACAUACCAGACUCUAUGAUGCAGGACUUCAUGUAGCUGUGACAUAUCAGGCAGACUGAUUUCAAGCAUUCAACCUAAAUAUCAAGAAAUAAAUCCAUGCUCUGGCUGGUCAUGCAUGUUUGAAAGCUACAUCUAAGUGAUAAUAUUAAAAAUGUCCAUUUAAUAAAUGUAUUAAAUUAUGGUCAGGAUUUAGCAAUAAGUGGUGCUUGGUAGAAUAGAUUUAGAUAUUUGACUGUAUAUACCAUGGCAACUUUUUUUAAAAACUAAAUUAUUAGCCUGUUACCUAACUCUUGAAUACAGUACCUAACUCUUGAAUACUAGUUUAUAUAUUCAAUAUUUGUAUAGUUUAGUGCUAACUUGUUCUGAUCUCUGCUGUGAUAAGAUAACCUAUUUUCAUCAAAAACCUUUUUUUUGAGUGCAAAAUUGAUAUUUCCAAACUCAAGAUUAAAUUUAUUGAUUUAAACAAAUAAACUAGUCAAAUCAAGUGGGCCAUUUUUUUUUAAGUAGUAUUUUUCCUCUAUGUUAUUAUUAUGACAUUCAUUGUUUGUUAUAGUUCCUCCAUUCUUGGAUUUCAUUGCGUUAUUGUUUUGUUUUUUUCACAAUCAAAUUAAAACAUGAACUGUCUAAUUAUAUCAAAUUUUAUCUACAAUACUAUGAUCAAUCAAUAUCAACAAAAACUUUCUAUCUAAAACACAAAAUUUAACUUUUUUUUUUUUUUGGUUUCAUUUCAUCCUUUUAGGAUGGUUAGCCAUCUUGUAUUUCAGUUUCAUCUAACUUCAAUGUUACUUUACUAAAUAUUUUAAAUAACUUGAUUUAUCCAAUUUAUUUAAAAUGUUAAUUUUAUUUCAUGUUGGUUAUUUGUUAGUUAUAUUUCUUGAGAAGUGGUGGACAUUUUGGGUCCAUUAGUAUGUCAAUCUGCCUAAAACUUCACAUUGUUUUAUAUCAUAUUUUAAUGUUGUUAAGGGUGCUUUGAGCUGUCUCAAAACUUUGACCCACUUCUGCAAUAAACAUAAUGGAACAAAUAAAUAUGUUGUAGACUUCUCUUUGGUGUGUCUUUAGAAGAUAGACAAAAAGACAUGUUUAUUGUCCUUGCCUUAAGAUUGAAUUGUAUAAGCAUUUUUAGUAUCAUUACUAGAUAUAUUAAGGUUUAAAAUAUUACACAAAAGAAUAUCUAGCUAAAAAAGUUUUAAAUGCUCAUUUUCUUACGAUCAGUUUAAAAUUAGUGACCUAGUAAGAAUUUCUCUCAUCUAAACUCUAUAGACUAAAUGUAAAAGAAAAAUCUACUUUUAAUUUGCAGUUCAUUCCUUUGGGAAACAAAAAGUAAAAGGUUGCCAACUUUUAUAAAAGAAGUGCUGCUAACUUUUUUUUUUGUUGUUGUUUUUUUCAUCAGCAUAUUGUCAUGUACAUGCUCCAAAUGUUUUAUGUCCAGACAUUAAAACUGAAACCAAAU